GAGGGCGGGCAGGGCUGCACCGGCCCGGGCUCCGCCGCGCCGGUCUCCCGCGCCCCUGCAUCCCCGGGCCGGAGCCGGGGCCCCGCCAGCAUCUCGGCUUCCCGUGACAUCCCGCGGCCGCGGCGGGCAGGGGAGGCUGCAGGGAGUGGGGAGUCACAUUUUCAGUUCCUGUCAGAGCCAGGAGCAGUUGGAAAAGAAAGCUGUGCUCUUUGACAACCCCUGCAGGCAUUGGCCCAUUCUCUCGCCCAGAUGGACCUUGAUGUGGUGAACAUGUUUGUGAUUGCUGGAGGGACGCUGGCCAUCCCGAUCCUGGCAUUCGUGGCCUCCUUUCUCCUGUGGCCUUCAGCGUUGAUAAGAAUCUACUACUGGUACUGGCGGAGGACGCUGGGCAUGCAGGUUCGCUAUGUGUACCACGAAGACUAUCAGUUCUGCUACUCCUUCCGGGGCAGGCCUGGGCACAAGCCGUCCAUCCUCAUGCUCCAUGGCUUCUCUGCACACAAGGACAUGUGGCUCAGCGUGGUCAAGUUCCUUCCAAAGAACCUGCACUUGGUCUGUGUAGACAUGCCAGGACACGAAGGCACCACCCGCUCCUCCUUGGAUGACCUGUCCAUAGAUGGACAGGUCAAGAGGAUCCAUCAGUUUGUAGAGUGCCUAAAGUUGAACAAGAAGCCCUUCCACCUUGUGGGUACCUCGAUGGGCGGCCACGUGGCUGGAGUAUAUGCUGCUUACUACCCGUCAGACAUCUGCAGCCUGAGUCUGGUGUGUCCCGCGGGCCUGCAGUAUUCAACUGACAAUCAGUUUGUACAGCGGCUCAAAGAGUUGCAGGAACCAGAAGACGUGCAGAAGAUUCCCUUGAUCCCAUCUACCCCAGAAGAGAUGAGCGAAAUGCUCCAGCUCUGCUCCUAUGUCCGUUUCAAGGUGCCCCAGCAGAUCCUGCAAGGCCUUGUUGAUGUCCGAAUCCCUCAUAACAACUUCUACCGGAAGUUGUUUUUGGAAAUCGUCAGUGAGAAGUCCAGAUACUGUCUGCAUCAGAACAUGGACAAGAUAAAGGUCCCCACACUGAUCAUCUGGGGGAAACAAGACCAGGUACUUGAUGUGUCUGGAGCAGACAUACUGGCCAAGUCAAUCAACAACUGCCAGGUGGAACUUCUGGAAAACUGUGGGCAUUCAGUGGUCAUGGAGAGACCCAGGAAGACAGCCAAGCUCAUCACCGACUUUUUAGCUUUUGUGCACAACACAGACAACAACAAGAAACUGGACUGAUACCCAAACAGCAGCUUGCAUUCUGCACACAGCAUCCGCACCUGUCCCCAAAACCUGAUGCGGCCACCAACCACUCUCAGGGAUCCUGCCCCAAAUGCAGCGGUGUGCCAGCAUCCCUGAGGAACCCAGUUCCCAUUCCUCUUCCCCUUCCUCUUGGUUCCACAGAGCUUCAGCAUCCCCAGAUCUUUUUCCCAAGAUCUGGAAAUCUCCAAGAUCUUUUUCUCAAUGUGGAAACUCACUUGGAACAAAAUAAGAAAACCCAGGCCUGAAAUCUCCCGAGAAGUCUUCAAGUUUGUGUCACUGACAAGUUUGUGCUGAGCGGCCACCCUGAACCAUGAUCAUCAAGGACGUUUUCUUUUAAGACAUUCCCUGCACACUGAGAUGUGAGAUGUUUUCGUUGCUUCAGGCAUAUUCCCGUGCAUGGCCAAUGGCUUCUGUAGGAGCGCGGUCCUCAGUCACUGCUCCCCUCCCUUAGGUCUCAUUUAAAUAAGUUUUGCGCAGAGGUCCAUAUGUAAACACAGUCUGUCAACCACAGAACCACGGAGGAAGACGGCAGAUUGCGAGAGCGGUGCCUGCCUUUUCCCAUUGUUAGAGCAUGUAUGUAUGAACACUGCUCUGGAGAGACCUGCCCUGGAACUGUCUAGGCAGCAAGAUGCUUGGGUGGAUGAGUUGGCGCUCAUGAGUCAGCUGUGCUGAGGGAACCUGGAUGCAGAGUGGGGAACACCAGAUAGGUUGGGUUUCCUACGAAUCAUUAUAUUUUAAAAUAGGACUAAUAAGGGCCAGGAAUUUAGCUCAGUGGCAUAAGUGCCUGCCUUGUAAGCACAAGGUUGUGAGUUCGAUCCCUGGUACCAAAAAAAAAAAAAAAAUAUAUAUAUAUAUAGGACUAAUAAAGCAAUAACACUCUAGACAUCUAUCUAAAUAAUCUGAUUUGAGUUCCACACUAAAGCAGCUUGUAGGCCUCUUUCCUAUUUUGCUGUGCUCCUGAAAACCCUUGGAUGUAACAUACUAACUUGUUAAUGAAUUCUGUGAAUUCUGUGAACAGUAAUGUGAUUGAAAAUAAGUCUAAACAGCUGUAAAAGUGACCACAAGGAUGUGAAAUAAGUUUUAGUAAGUCUAGAUCAGCAACUUUUAGAUGGUUCCUACUUUGGAGCUCCUAGUUAAGUACAAUGUUGGUAGAUUUUCUAUUAACUUUAAAAUGUGUUUUUAAAAGUAAGCCUUUCUUUGGCCCCCAAGUGGAGCUGUGGAAAAAAAAUAAAUAAAUAAAAAAGUAAGGCUUUCAGGCUGGGCAUGUGGCUCAGGGGCAGAGCACUUGCCUGGCAUGUGCACGGCUGUGGGUUCAGUUGUCAGCUUUACAAAGUAAAAAUACAAAUGAAGAUGUGUUGUACAGGUGUUGCAAGCUUUUGCUUAUAAGUUAGUUUCAUUUUAAGAAAUCAUGUUUAUAGGUGAGUGUGGUAGCUCACACCUAUGAUCCAAGCACCCUGGGUGGCUAGGGCAAGAGGUUCACAAGUUCGAGCCCAGGGAGGAACUUAGUGACUUAGCAAGAUCUUGUCUCAAAAAAAUGUAAAUAAAAGAUUGAGAAUGUAGCUCAGUGACUUGGAUUCAAACUUCAGUGUCCUCCCCCCAAAAAUCAUCUUGCAGGUUUUAUUCAACUGAAAUAUAUCAAAACCAGAAGUCAUCAAA